CCCUGUUGUCACAUCGACAUCAUGGCGUAGGGAUGUGUAGGGGUGUCGGGUAGUUCUGGUGGGCACGCAGAGGUUCAGAAAGUACCUUUUAGGGUUUUUUUUGUCUUCAUGGUAGCAGGAACGAACUAACGGAACGUUGAAUUUAUUCCACUAAAGUUGAGGUUUAGCUGUGAGUAAAGAUGAUGUCUGAUGCGAGCGACAUGUUGGCUGCUGCCCUGGAGCAGAUGGAUGGCAUUAUAGCAGGUUCCAAAGCCUUAGAUUACUCCAAUGGUUUGUUUGACUGCCAGUCGCCCACCUCUCCCUUCAUGGGGGGUUUGAGAGCACUUCAUCUUUUGGAAGACCUUAGGAGUAUCCUGGACUUGAUGGACACAGAGGAAAGGGAAAGUCUCCGCUGUCAAAUCCCAGACUCCACAGCCGACAGUGUGGUUGAGUGGCUCAACGGUCACCUGUCCAACGGUCACGUCUCUGUUGGCGGAGGCGAUCAUUACCAAGAAAGGCUUUCUCGGCUGGAAAACGAUAAGGAGUCUCUGGUACUUCAGGUCAGUGUGCUGACCGACCAGGUGGAAGCUCAAGGAGAGAAGAUCCGUGAUCUGGAUUUGUGUUUGGAGGAGCACAGGGAGAAACUCAAUGCUACAGAGGAGAUGCUCCAACAAGAACUUCUGUGCAGAACUGCCCUGGAAACACAGAAGCUGGAACUGAUGUCAGAAGUGUCCAACCUCAAGCUGAAGCUGAACAGUAUAGAGAAGGAGAAACAGGACUUUGAUCACGGUUUUAGGGACAGCGAAGAUCUGAUUCUUGAAAUAAAUGAACUGCGGUACAGGAUGAAUGACCUGGAGAAUGAAAAACUACAGUCUGAAAAGAAGCUCAAAUCAACAAAAGAAGAGCUUAUCGUGUUGAGGAGAGAGCUGGAGGGCAAAGACGGAGAGAUGAAGAAACUACACGGUGAAACGGGUUUCAAACUAAUUUCCUCAAGCGGGGCUGACACCACAGACAGAAUUUCUCACCCAGAUGAAACUCUUAGAAAGAGGCUGAAGGAAAAACAUGUGGAAGUGCAGAGAAUGAAAAAAGCAGUCGAGUCCUUGAUGGUAGCAAACGAAGAAAAGGAUCGUAAGAUUGAUGAGCUGAAGCAAUCGCUUCUGCGGUACAAGAAGGUUCAAGACAUGGUGAUGUCAGUACAAGGCAAGAAAGGAGAAAAAGCAAAAGAUGGAGAGUACAUGGAGAGCCCUAGUGAUGAAUCCAGCACAUGUUCACCCGCCAACUCUGUGUGCGUGGAGUCAGAAAAGCAGGCGGUUUCAGAGGGCGAGCCGCUGAAGACGAAUAGUCCUGACGAGAUGAAGACUCUAAGUGUGCCGAUUGAAACUCCGUCCCCGAGUCCCACGCAUUCUGACCCAGAACGAGUAUCAGAAUCCACACCAACAGAACCAGAAAGUCAAGACCCCAGCAGAGCAGACGGGCCUGACCAUUUGGAAAUUAGCAGUAAUGAGAAGGCUACAAACGAAGAGAUGAGUAUAACGAGGGAAAAAAACCCCAUCGGUUCUACUGCGCCCUCGCAGUCCUCAACUGAGGAUGACAGCUUCGGCUCCAGAAAAGCUCGCUCAUCUUUCGGAAAAGGCUUCUUCAAGAUCCGAGGAGGCAAAAAGACAACCGGCAGCCCUAACCUGGACCGCAGCAGGAGUGCGAGUGCCCCUAUGCUAGCUGAAACGGAGCGACAGGGCACCGAUCAUCUGGAUCUGGCUGGCCUUCCUCAGACGUCAUCAAGCAACGACGGCACGCAGACGCUUCCCGCAACCCAUGAAAAUAGGAAGAAAUCCAAAGGAAUCAAGAAACUGUUUGGAAAGCUUAAAAGGAGCCAGUCCACCACAUUUAACCUGGAUGACAACCUGCCAGAGGGUGAGUUCAAGCGAGGUGGAGUACGGGCAACAGCCGGACCCAGAUUGGGUUGGUCCCGUGAUCUCCAAAGAGGCAACAAUGAUGUGGAUGCCCCCUUUGCUCGCUGGUCUAAGGAUCAGGUGUGCAACUGGCUGCAGGAGCAGGGACUUGGCCUUUACGUGAACAUGGCUCGUGUGUGGAUCUCUUCUGGACAGACGCUGCUGCAGGCCUCGCAACUUGACCUGGAGAAGGAGCUGGGUAUCAAACACCCGCUGCACAGAAAGAAGCUGCAGCUGGCUCUGCAGGCCCUCGGCUCAGAAGAGGAGGAUAAUAAGGGCAAAUUGGACUACAACUGGGUAACAAGAUGGUUGGAUGACAUUGGUCUGCCUCAGUAUAAGACGCAGUUUGAUGAGGCCCGAGUAGAUGGUCGCAUGCUGCACUACAUGACAGUAGAUGACCUGCUUUCUCUGAAAGUAGGAAGCGUCCUGCAUCACCUCAGCAUCAAGAGAGCAAUUCAAGUUCUUCGUCUGAACAAAUUUGAGCCCAACUGUCUGCGCCGCAGACCGUCAGAUGAGAACAACAUUUCUCCAGCAGAGGUUUCCCAGUGGACCAACCACAGGGUGAUGGAGUGGCUGCGAUCGGUGGACCUCGCUGAGUACGCCCCCAACCUCAGAGGCAGCGGCGUCCACGGAGGGCUGAUGGUUCUGGAGCCUCGGUUUAAUGUGGAGACCAUGGCCCUGCUGCUGAACAUCCCCCCCAACAAGACCCUCCUGCGGCGCCACCUCGCAACACACUUCAGUUUGCUCAUUGGUGCAGAGGCUCAACAGCUUAAACAGGAGUGUCUUGAGAACCCAGACUACACCGUACUCACUGCCACCACUAAAGUCAAGCCAAAGAAGCUGCCAUUUAGUAACUUUGGCAGUCUGAGGAAGAAGAAGCAGGAUGAAAGUGAGGAGUACGUUUGUCCAAUGGAUGUGGAGAUGCCAAAGGGACAAAGCUUCCAGAGAGGCUUUGAGCUCCAAAUCUACGAAGAUGACCUCGACAGGUUGGAACAGAUGGAGGACUCCGAGGGGACGGUGAGACAAAUUGGGGCGUUUUCUGAGGGAAUUCAAAACCUAACGAGCAUGCUGAAAGACGAUGAGUUCUUUAAGGAGGUUUCAAACUCGCCAAACCUGAGUGUGACGGAUGAAGACUCGAAUGCUUGAGAAUCCGAAAACCUGGAUACUCUGCAAAUGAAACUCUGUGCCAACCCUUUCCACUGACACAAAGAAAACUCCUCCAAUGCUCUUUUAUUUUCAUCAAAGAGCCAAAAGUAUUACAUCGCCUUCAGUUGGUCGGUCGCAGAGGAAACGUUUUGGACAACGCCACUGUUUGCCAGCUGGUUUCUGGAAAUGAUUCUAAUAGAAUAGAAGUGUCGCCAAGCAGAAAGACAAAAAAAACCACAACGCAGAUUUAAUAUAUGUCUUUUAAAAUUGCCUUUUGACUGUAGGGAUUUGGGAAGAACAGUAAUAUUGUGUUUAGGUAAAGUAGUAACUCCAAACCAGCUGCUAAGUUUUUCUACUCACCUGAACUUUGGUAAUAGUGUUAACGGUCUGACAUUUUAUCUUUUUCUUGAUGUACUCAUGCAUUUGCACAUAAAAAUGCACAACCUAAUGAAAGCAGCAUGGAGCUGAGAGCCAUAUGAAAAUGUGUCAUUUGGUUUUUAUCUUACAAGGAUUUUUUUACACAUCUUGAGCUGUUUUUUGGCAGCAGUGUAGGGGAAAAAAUGAAACUUUUUACAGUAAUAUUUCGGCAAUAAAAAAAAAGAAUUUGACGUUCCUGAACUUGUGAAAUUGGAGGUCAUUAAAGUUCAAUAAAAAACUGAUGGUUUUAUUCAAGUGAACAAAUAAAAGCUCAAUACUUAAAGCAG